UCUUUCACUACAUCUCCAUGAUGACACUGGACACUGUAAUGAAGUGUGCUUUCAGUUACCAGGGCAGUGUCCAGGUGGAUGAAAAUUCCAGGUCCUACACUAAGGCUGUUGAGGAUCUGAACAACCUGACUUUCCAUCGAAUAAGGAGUGUCUUUUUUUGGAAUAACACCAUCUACAAAAUGUCCUCUGAUGGCCGUUUGUUCCACCAUGCCUGCCAGCUUGCACAUGAGCACACAGAUCGAGUGAUCAAGAUGAGGAAAGCUCAGCUUCAGAACGAGGAAGAGCUGGAGAAGGUCAAGAAGAAGAGGCGCCUGGAUUUCUUGGACAUCCUCUUGCUUGCCAAAAUGGAGGAUGGAAAGAGCUUGUCUGAUGAGGACCUGCGUGCUGAGGUGGACACAUUCAUGUUCGAGGGCCAUGACACCACAGCCAGUGGACUCUCCUGGAUCUUCUAUGCUCUGGCCACGCACCCUGAACACCAACAGAGAUGCAGGGAGGAGGUGCAAAGUGUCCUGGGUGAUGGAACUUCUGUCACCUGGUGAGAAAAACUCAAGAUGAAGGAGACUCCUGCCUACUUAUAAGAGAGAUCUUUUCUAAAUUGUUUUCUUUCUUUUUUCUUCUUUCACAUAAUACAGCCUGAACACAGCCUCUCCUACUUUUCUACUUCCUG